AUGGCUGAGACACUUUUGUCGUUUGGAGUUGAGAAGCUAUGGGACCUCCUUGCUCGAGAAUCUGAGCGACUUCAGGGAGUUGAUGGGCAAUUCGACGAAUUAAAGAGUGAUCUGAGCAUGUUAAGGUGCUUCUUGGAAGAUGCGGAUGCCAAGAAACAUACAAGUGCUAUGGUGAGAAACACUGUGAAAGAGAUCAAAGAAAUUGUAUACGACGCAGAAGAUAUAAUCGAAAUCUUUCUUCUAAAGGAAGAGCUCCGAAAAACUAGUAGGAACAGUGUUAGAAGAUUUUCUAGCGUUGUUGUGAACCGCAUGGGGGUUGCUUUCGAUAUGAGAGCCAUAAGUAAGAGGAUCUCUAAGGUGAUCCGUGAUAUGCAGAGUCUUGGCGUACAACAAAUCAUUGUCGAUGAAAGGUAUACACAGACUCUACAUGAGAGACAAAGGGAAAUGCGACAAACGUUUUCUACUGACAAUGAAGAGCAUCUUGUGGGGUUGGAGAAGAAUGUUGAUCAAUUGGUUGGCUAUUUGGCGGAGGAAGAUAGCAGUCAAGUGGUUUCUAUAACGGGGAUGGGCGGUAUUGGUAAAACCACCCUUGCAAGACAAGUUUUUAAUCAUGAGACAGUUAAAAGUCAUUUUAAAGGAUUGGCAUGGGUAAGUGUUUCACAACAUUUUACAAGGGAGUAUGUGUGGCAGACGACCUUGCGGAAACUCAGGCCAGAAUAUAAGGUGUUAGAAAUGUCAGAAGACGAACUCCAAGAAGAACUGGUUCGACUGUUGGGAAUACAAAAGACUUUGAUUGUCCUUGAUGAUAUAUGGAAUGAAGGGGACUGGGACAUAAUAAAACCAAUGUUUCCACGGCAAAAAGAUUGGAAGGUACUAUUUACUUCUCGCAAUGAGGGAGUGGCAUUACGUGCCGAUCCGGAAUGUUUCACCUUCAAACCAGAAUGCUUAAAUCAAGAAGAAAGUUGGACACUCUUUCAAAUGAUAGCAUUUCCUAGGAAAGUCACAACCGAAUAUAAGGUUAAUGAAAUGGAAGAGAUGGGUAAGCAGAUGAUUAAACACUGUGGAGGACUACCGUUGGCUGUAAAAGUGUUAGGAGGCUUGUUAGCUUCUCAAUACACAUUGCAUCAGUGGAAAAGGAUAUAUGAGAAUAUAGGAUCUAACAUUGUUGGAGGGACUAGUUUAAAUGGCGAUAGCAACAGUUUGGUUUAUCAUGUAUUAUCUUUGAGCUUUGAAGAGUUGCCUAGUUGUUUGAAGCACUGCUUCCUCUACCUCGCCCAUUUUCCAGAAGAUUAUCCAAUAGAUGUGGAAAAACUGUCCUACUACUGGGCUGCGGAAAGAAUUUCAAAGCCAGAGUAUUAUGAAAGAGCAAGCGUGCGAGAUGUUGCGGAAGGCUACAUAGAGGAGUUGGUUAAAAGAAAUAUGGUUAUGUCCGAAAGAGAUGGUAGGACUUUGAGAUUUGAGAAAUGUCACUUGCAUGACAUGAUGAGAGAAAUUUGUUUUCUUAAAGCCAAAGAAGAGAACUUCCUACAGAUUGUUAACGGCACCUCAACUGUGAACUCUGAAUCUCCUUGUAAAUCUCGCAGACUUGCUGUACAUCUACUUGAUAAAACAUUUGAUGUGGAGAGUGAGAUGAAUAAUCCAAAACUUAGAUCUGUCUUGGUUAUCUUGAAGGACAGGAGGAGAAAAGAUUGGAUGGCACCAAGUUUAACCUUUACAAGGUUAAAGUUGAUGAGGGUUUUAGAUCUCUCUAGAGCUGAGUUUGAGGGAGGGAAGCUACCUUCUAGCAUUGGAAGGCUCAUCCACUUGAGAUAUUUGAGUUUAUAUUUGGCAAAUGUAACUCAUCUACCUUCUUCUAUGCGGAAUCUGAAGAUGUUGCUCUAUUUAAACCUAUGUGUAGAUGCGAGAUCUUCAAUCUACAUGCCCAUUUCUUGA